AUGGGGAGGCGGGGCGGCGGCCAGACGAAGUGCUGGCGCUGCGGGGGCACGGGCCACGUGCAGACGGAGUGCCCAGAGCUCAGCGCUUCGCCCGCGGACGGGGAGGCCGCGGCCGAGGGGGGUGCCAGAGCCCCUGAGAAGCGCUGCUUCUUCUGCGGCGAGGCGAGCCACCUGGCGAAGGACUGCGCGCUGGCGCCGGCGAAGGCCGCCGAGGCGGAGAGGCCCGCGGGGCCCAGGGUCAAGCAGGUGGUCUCGCGGGCGGCCUCCGCCGCCUCUGGGCACAGGAUGAGCGUCCUGGUCACCACGAGCCCGGCAGUGCUGGGCAGCUUCGGCCGCGUGGCCGGGCUCGCAGAGUGCCCGCUGGUGAUCGUGUGCGACGGCUUCAACCUCUGCGCGAAGAGCACCUGGAAGGCUGGCAGGGUUACCGAAGAUGCUGCGGCGCGAUACGAGGAGUACCUGUGCAAUCUCGAGGGGCUGCUGGACUCGGGCGCACUGCCGCGAGGCACAAGGUUGGUCCACAUGGACGGCCGGAACGGUCAGGCCUUGGCCCUCCAAGCUGGCCUGAGAUAUGUGGAAACGCCGUAUGUUCUGGUGCACCAGCACGAUCUGGAAUUCACUCUUGACUUUGGUCUGGGGCGGGUCUUGGACGUGCUGGAAGACGAGAGCAAUUGUGUGAAGUAUGUCGGCAUGCCCUUGCUGACGAAUCUCCACUACGAGGCCAUCGCGUGGCAGCACCACGGGGUGAAGGUGGCGGUGGAGGAGCACGGUGGGCUGCAGCUGGUGCCUGUGGUCUUUUGGUACGACAGCACCCACAUAACGUCGGUCGGCCACUACAACAGCCUCGAGACGUUUGGCGUGCGCCAGCGCAACGACAUCAUGGCCACCGGGCUAGCGGCCCACGCGAGGUACGGCACGUAUCCAGAGGCACGGAGGGCGGACCACUGCGUCUCCCACCCCAUCCCCCCCGAGCGCCGGCCGCUCAUCUGCCACCUCAACGGGGUGCGGUUCCUCACGCCCGAGCAGCGCGCCGCGCGCGGCUACCCCGCCGACCCGCCGGUGGAGUUCUUCUGCUCGCGCACGAUGACGAGCCGGCGAGCGAG